AUGAACAAUAGAACUACUAUACAAAUAAAGAAAGAGGUAUUAGAUCCUCAACCAAUCGUGUUGAGUGAUAGUGUUACUGGUGCUUCGUAUGGUGUUUACGAGUCACAACGAUUAAAUACUCAAAGAGCAACUGACAAUCAAUUUAGUUUGCUUAUCUCUCCAAUCAUGUGUAUUCAACAAAUCAACAAACUACAAGUUAGAGGGAAUGUAAGAUACGAUGUUCGUUUCACUGCCUACACUCAAGAGAUGAGACAAGUCGCUGCUAAUUGGAUGGCCAACAAGUACUCUACUUACUCUAAUGCAGCAGGCAAUGCUUUGAGAUUGAGCACUCACAAUGUCUCUUAUUUGACAUUCCGAUCGAUUCGUUACUCGGUACCAUCAUUUCCAGAGGCUGUGUUUGAUUAUGGACAAGAUGCUUUACAGAAUAGACUCAAUCAAGAUAAUGUAAUCUCAUUCACACUUGCUCCCAAUAUCGCUGCCGAGUUGGACCAAGUGAUUGCUCAAAAUGCAUUUUCAUUAAGAGCAUCAAUAUCUAUUUCGCCAUCACAACAAUCAGCUGUUGAUGUUCAAAUUUCAUCUAGUUCUGGUGUAGAACCAAUCGAUCCAAUUGGUAGAAUUAUUAUGUGGUAUUUCUCACCAACCAACAUUCCAUCCAAUCAUUUGGUAUGUGACGGUAGUGAAAUCACCAAUUUAACAAGAUACCAAAAGUUGGUCGAUUUACUUGGACGUGACGCCAAUGGAAGAGUAUUCCUACCAGAUUUACGUGGUCGUACUGUUAUUGGUAGUGGUCAAUCUACUGGUCUAUCAAACUAUUCUCUUGGACAAACAGGUGGUGUCGAACAAGUCACUCUUACCAGAGACCAAAUGCCAGCACACAACCACGGUGGUGUUACAGGUGCUGGAAAUAAAGCAAAGUACAUUGUUGUAUAUCAAGCUGGAACCAGUAAUUGUCAUUGGCAUGUUAAUGGGUGGGCAGGAGGAGCACCAAACCAUAUGAGAGGUGUCGUUGACGGCAGACCAAACUCAAUUGCCGACGCUGAAGGAGACAUCAAUUACCCAUUAUCACAUCAUACUCACAACAUCACCUCUGAUGGUGAAGGAGAAAAGAACGACAUUCUACUUUGCGUCAGCCCCCGAUAUAUGGUACCACAAGAGGUAUUAGAUUCUCAACCCACAGAGUUGUUUGAUAGUGUAACAGGUGCAUCGUUUGGUGUUUACGAAUCACAACGAUUAAAUACUCAGAGAGCAACUGACAAUCAAUUUAGUUUGCUUAGAGCUGUCAUCUCUCCAAUACUUUGUAUUCAACAAAUCAACAAACUACAAGUUAGAGGGAAUGUAAGAUACGAUGUUCGUUUCACUGCCUACACUCAAGAGAUGAAACAACUAGCUGCUAAUUGGUUAGCCAACAAGUAUUCUACUUACUCUCAACAACAACAAAAACAACAACAACAGCAACAAGAACAACAACAAGGAGGCAAUGCUUUGCGUUUGAACGUUGACAACAUAUCAAAUCUGGUAUUCCGAUCGAUUCGUUUCGCUAUUCCAUCAUUUCCAGAGGCUGUAUUUGAUUUUGGGCAAGAUGCAUGGCAGACUAGACUCAAUCAAGAUAAUGUAAUCUCAUUUACACUAGCUGCCAAUAUCGCUGUAGAGUUGGACCAAGUGAUCGCUCAAAAUGCAUUUUCAAUGAGAGCAUCGUUAUCCAUCACACCUCCAGCCUCAUCAAUACCAUCACAAUCGGUUGCCGAUGUUCAAAUUUCAUCUAGUAUUGGGACAACAACAACAAUCAUCAAUGAUCCAAUUGGUAAGAUUAGUAUGUGGUCUUUGUCAUUGGACGUCAUUCCAUCAAAUUACUUGGUUUGUGAUGGCCGUGAAAUUACAAACCAACCAAGAUACAAAAAGUUGGCUGAUUUACUUGGUCCAGAUACAACCAAUGGAAGAGUAUUCCUACCAGAUUUACGUGGUCGUACCGUAAUUGGUAGUGGAAGUGGUCAAUCUACCGGUCUAUCAAACUAUUCUCUUGGACAAACAGGUGGUGUCGAACAAGUCACUCUUACCAGAGAUCAAAUGCCAGCUCACAACCACGGUGGUGUUACAGGUGCUGGAAAUAAAAUCAAAUACAUUGUUGUACAUCACCAAGGAAAUAAUAAUUGCCAUUGGCAUGUUAAUGGAUGGGAUGGAGGUGCACAUCAUGCAGUAGGACAGAUCGACAACCGACCAAACUCAAUUGCCGACCCUGGAGGAGAUACUAAAUACCCAAUGUCUCAUCACACGCACAACAUCGCCUCUGAUGGUGACAUCAACAAGGUUGGUACAAGAUACUGUAUUAAAUUCACUGCCUACACGCAAGAGAUGCAACAAAUAGCUGCUGAUUGGUUGGCCUACAAGUAUUCGUCUACUUACUCUCAACAACAACAACAACAAGGAAAUGAUUUGAAAUUAAUUUGUGUUGACAACAUAUCAAAUCUUCCAUUCCAAUCGAUUCGUUACUCUAUUCCAUCAACACCAGAGGCUGUAUUUGAUUAUGGACAAGACACGAAAAGUCUCAAGAAUCAAGAUAAUAUAAUCUCAUUCCUACUCUUUCAUUAUACAGAGUUGGAUUUGUUGAUUGCCCAGAAUGCAUUUUCAAUGAAGGCAUCAUUAUCCAUUAAACCAUCAUCACAAAAAGAAGAAGAAGAAGAAGUUAUUGACAUCCAAAUUACAUCGGGUACACCAAGCUUGGGAUGUUGUGCGACAAAAACCGUGUCAAUGGAUAUACCACUCUACAAAGUGUCAACCCUUGUUGUGACCAAUAAUAUAUUAAAUCAAAAUAAUUCAGCCUCCGAUCUUCGAGUCCAAACUUCAGCAGCAGCAGCAGCAGCGGCAGCAGAAAUAGUACCAGAUGGGGAUCAAGGACCAGCUCCAGCAGUUCAAAACCCAGCCAUUGUAGUUGAAAAGCAAGACAAGAAAUACGAUAGAUUGAUUCAACUCAAUUUAAUCUUUCUUUCUUUUAUUACAUUGUUGGUCUCUUUUAUUGCAUACAAGCAUUUAAACGGCCCAGUCAUACAAACUCAACCAAUUGGAACUAUUGAACAAUGGUAUUUCUCAUUGGCAGAUGUACCAUCCAAUUAUUUGGUGUGCAAUGGUACUGAAAUCAUUGACAACGUCCGUUACAAAGACCUUGUCAUUUUAUUGGGAAAGGAUGCCAAUGGUAGAUCUUUCCUACCUGAUUUACGUGGUCGUGCCAUCAUUGGUUCAGGAAAAGGAAAUGGGUUGUCAAACUACAAUCACCGUCAAACUGGAGGAGAGGAACAGGUCACUCUCACAAAAGAUCAAAUGCCAGAACAUAAUCAUGGUGGUGUCACUGGACCUGGAAACAAAGCAAAGUACAUUGUUGUACACCAAGCUGGAACUUCCAACGACGCCUACCACGUCAAUGGAUGGGCAGGUGGGCCAAACCAUAUGAGAGGAGCCGUCGACAACCGACCCAACUCUAUUUCCGAUCCAGAAGGAGACACUCAAUACCCAGGAUCCAUUCACACACAUAAUAUUAAAAAUGAUGGUAAAAAUCAACCACAUAACAACAUGCAACCAUAUAUUGCUUUACACUAUAUCAUCAAAGCUCAAUAA